AUGGGUAUUUCAUUAGCAGCACUACCACUGAAUGCUCAAAAUGCCCUGAUGAUAAGUGCAAGCUCUGUGAGGACAAAGAAAGUGGCUCAAGUUGUCUCCAAUGCCAUAAAACUUUAUCUAUUUCAGAUACUUUGAAUGUUAAGAAAACCACUUGUUGCGAAGAAGGAAAAUUUGUUAGCUCUUCUCAUUUACAAUGCAAAGACUGUGCUGAUUCAAAUUGCAAACACUGUGAAGACAGCGGAGACGGUACAGUUUGUAAACAAUGCAAAAAGAAAUUAA